AUGAGUAGUGAGUAUGAACUAGAACCACCCAGAAGUUACGAUAGCCGUAGAAACGAUAGUAGAAGAGGGAGAUCCAGAGGUAGAGGAAGUUUUAGGGGUGGGCGCGGAUCCUGGAGAGGUAAUGAUCGAUUCAGCCGUCCUAGAGGCAGAGGAUUUAGAGGAUCUUUUCAACCACCACCAGAAGAGAAUAUAAACUAUGAUAACCGAGUUUUUGUUGGGAAUUUGUCAUUUGAUACCACUGCAGAAGAUUUAGUAGACUAUUUUUCCCAAGUAGGAGAAGUAGUUACUGCCGAUAUCAUAACUUUCAAAGGCCGUCAUAAGGGAUUAGGUACUGUGGAGUUUACCAAUGCUGAUGAUGCCACUGAGGCAAUCGAGAGAUGUGAUAACACACAUUUUAUGGGUCGUGACAUCUAUGUGAAAGAUGAUCAACCACCACCAGGAGCGAGACAAAAAACAAUGCGAAUUGCUCCAAUAAGAGACAUAAAUAGACAAGGUUACGAAGCUUUUGUUAUAAACUUACCUUACUCCAUAACAUGGCAAAACUUGAAGGAUCUUUUCAGAGAAUGUGGGGAUAUCCUUCGUGCUGACAUUGAAUUAGAUUAUAAUGGGUUUUCAAGAGGUUUAGGUUCUGUUCUUUAUGCCACAGAAGAUGCUAUGCAUAGGGCAAUAGAUACUUUCAACGGUUAUGAAUUAGAAGGAAGAGUCUUAGAGGUAAGAGAAGGUAAAUUUAACCCAAGUCACAAAGAACAUAUUCCCGAGGGAACUUUGGACGAAGUGGAGCCUUCAAUUCCGACACAAUCGCCGUUUGUCGAAGGAGUGGUUGGAAAUGGUGAAAGGAAUCCAACUGUAUUCUGUCAAAGUUUACCGUUAUCUACAACGGUUCCUGAUUUGUACGAUUUAUUCGGUUCUUUUGGCGAUAUAAAUCAUGCUGAAUUAAUUUAUGAUACCAAUGGUUUAUCAACUGGUUCCGCUGUUGUCGAAUAUAUGAGUGCUGACUAUGCAGAGAUGUGUAUCGAUAAAUUGAACAAUUAUAACUAUGGUGGCCACCAAUUAGACAUAUCAUUCGCCCAUCGUUUGUAA